AUGAAAGGACAUUCGUUGGAGACAAAGUUAUUGUGUACUGGAAGUCCAGGUGACCUCCAUGGCGCCAGUGUUCCGCCCUUAUAUCAAACUACGACAUUCAAGGUAAGGUCGUUAGACGAUGCCCCUGACUAUGAUUAUACAAGGUCUGGUAAUCCCACGCGGACUUCCCUGGAGUCACAAUUAGGGAAGUUGUAUGAUGUUGACGAAUCACAAGCUUGCGCGGUAUCUACUGGCAUGAGUGCGUUAGAUGUGAUAUUGCGGACUAUCUUGAAUAAUAGGGGGGAAGUUCCAACAGUGAUUACAGGUGACGACCUUUACGGGGGUACUCAGCGCUUAUUGAGUUUCCUUGCUAAACAAAAUCAUGCGAGGGUGAUUCAUGUAGAUACUUCGGAUACAGGUAGAUUUUUUGACGUCUACCAAAUGCAGCGUGGGGUUGCUUGCGUGUUAUUGGAGACCCCCACGAACCCAUUGAUGAAAGUGGCAGACUUGCCUACCUUAAUUCAGUUCGUUAAGGAGCGUGACGAUGGAUGCAAGGUAGUAGUUGACAAUACCAUGUUGUCCGGAGUGAACUGUAACCCACUUUUAUUGGGGGCUGAUUAUGUGUAUGAAUCUGCUACCAAAUAUCUUAAUGGACAUCAUGAUAUCAUGGCCGGGGUUAUUAUUGCUGCUACAGCUUCAUUAGCCCAGGAAGUAAAAUUCGUGACCAAUUCCAUAGGAGCGGGUCUAGCACCGUUAGACUCAUGGCUUUUAAUCCGAGGCCUAAAGACACUAUCUUUGAGAUUAAAACAACAGGAGUAUAAUGCGAUGGUCUUGGCACAUUGGCUUCAGGAUAUUUGCGGGUUUAAACCUGUUGGAGAAAACAGAAACCUAUGCACAAGAUAUGUCGGUUUAAAGUCGCAUCCGCAAUUUCAGUUACAUCGAACUUUUUCAAAUGGCCCCGGAGCUGUUCUUUCCAUUGAGACUGGUGACAUUAGAUUGUCUGAAAAGGUAGUUUGCUACCCCCAAUUCAAAAUAUGGGCAGUAACAGUCUCCUUUGGAUGCGUUAAUUCACUAAUUUCAAUGCCAUGUAAAAUGUCGCAUGCGUCCAUUGAUCCUUUACUUCGUAAGGAAAGACAGUUCCCCGAGGAUUUAAUUCGUCUUUGCUGUGGCAUAGAAGACAUAUCUGACUUACAGUGGGAUCUACUGGCCAGUUUCGAAAAUGCUGGUAUUAUAGAAUUGAGAGAUGAUGGUAACACAGUUGUGAACCGAUUGAACGGGCAUAUUGCCAAGAACACUGUAGCAUCUAAUACACGUGCAAGUGUAUACGAUAUUUAUUUCAAUUCCAAAAAUACUGGUUGCUGUAAUAGCCCAGUAUAA